CGUCAUGAAUCCGGCCACCACAGCUACAACACCAAACACAAUGUAAGGCAAAGAUGCUCCAAACUGAGUCUAUUGUGGGAAAACGUCCUUACCAGAACAAGUUUCUUGGGCUAAAAAUUAUACAAAAUGGUUUGCAGGAAAGAAAUGCUAACAAAAAUAUUUAUUGAAUUCAUUGGAAUAUAUAAAAACAUUGGAAUUAUGAUUCGCUGUGAGGAGGGAAACAGUGAACACAAACGUCAUACAGCAGGACAUAACUUCAUACAGCAGGACAUAAUAUAUCGCAGGUGAAAAAAAAUUCGUUCGCAAUAUAAUGAACUCAUGAACAGCUGAUAAUUACGAGGGGAUUUACUCACAGAAAAAUGGGGUACUGAACUUUACCGGGGGUGGCCCGGUGCAAUCACAAAAUAAUAUUCACCUGAUGGUGGUUUAUGUGUUUGGUCAAGCUCCUCAUUUCAAGAAAAAGUGAAUGGGCAACUCCGGUUACACUGUUGCGGGAAGCAUCCGCUGUGUUACUCACCAAAUGGUUGCUCAUCAACGCCUGUGCCACCCUGAGCAAAGAACAUGAACUAUAAGAUUCUCGAAGGCUUAAAUAGAGACUGCUGGUAAUAUCACAAUAUAAACAAUCUAAGCUGAAGUAUAUCGAUCCAAAAGUAUGUCAAACAACAAUGGACAAAGCUCGCCGUCAAUCACGAACGAUGAAAUAGAAUUAACUGCUGAAAAUAAGAUCAAAAUAGUCAGAGCUGGAAUAAUGGAGGAAAUCCUGAAAAGAGAGACAAAUUACGUCAAGAUUUUGAAAUUCGCAGUCGAUAAAAUGAAAACAGACCUCGAAAAAUGUGCAGAUCACAUUGAAUAUGAAAUCGACGACGGGCAUGUCAGAGCUUUAUUUGGUAACAUGCCAGACCUGCUGAAACUUCAUGAGAUGCUUCUGGAAAAGUUAAAAAUCAAUGUCGAAAGCGCUGCUGAUUUGACGAAACCGCAAAGUGAUUUCAGCAUUGGAAAUAUUGUUGUACAGUUGAAAGACAAUUUUCAAGUUUAUGACAUUUACUGUUCAAAUUACGAACGAGCAGAAAAGGUCGCUGCGAAUGUCUUGAAGAUGGCAAGCCUAAAGAAAACAUUUGAGAACUGGCUUGCAGAGAUACCGAAGCUUGAAACUGCCAUUACCUGUAGCGUGCUGGAAUUUUCUCUGAAAGAACCUCUGCAGCAGAUCUGCCGAUUCAGCGUAUUGCUAAAGGUACUGGCUGUUUUCACUGCUCCCUCGCACAAAGACCUCUGUGACGUCAUAGCGGCUUAUCAGAUCGCGCACGCAGCGUUGACGUCGAUUGAAGCAGGACGUCGAUCAUCUGCACUUAAAGCAGCCUAUGCAUUAUGUGAUACUCUUCAGAAAACUUGGGAUGACCGUUCCCUUUGCAAUAAAAUGGGAUUCCUUACUAAAAGAGGUGGAAGCGUUAAGAGUUGGAAGAUACGGUGGUUCACUUUGAGAGGAUAUGAACUAAAAUAUUUUGACGAACCCGUGGACGAAAAAGCCUUGACUACGCUCGACCUACGUCAUUGCAAGUCAGUUCUUGAAAACGACCUUCCGGCAAAACCACACUGUUUUGGACUGGCCUUUUCGGAUCGUGUAUACUACAUGUAUGCUGUAACUGCAGAAGAAAAGUCGGAAUGGAAGAACCUUAUUUCAUGGAAGUUGUAUUUACUUGUGCAACCAGCUGAAAGGGCGCGCUUAGCUUUAUCUGCUCCUGCUACUGUGAUCAAAUCAUCAUCUGACCUUAUCAAAACAUCAACGUCAUGACAUUCCAUGCCCUCAAGUCGCAGUUUUAUGUCCAGGUUUGCAAUAUUUGUAUUGUGUAUAUAGCUUAGUAUUGUUUCCAUAACAUUUAUGUAUGUUCCAUUUUAUACGCCUUCUUUUCGUGGUAUUUUAACACUGUAGAUCUUUUAUUGUGUUGAAUCUGCUGUAGGCCUGCAAUAAUGUUUCUCCAAUCUGUACAACAGUGCUUCUCAUGUGUAUUAUCGCCCCCAAAUAUUUUAGAAGUAAGUUGAUCUUAAUAAGGCUUUUUUACAACGCACUCUUAACUCCAUAACAUAAAACUUUAAUAAGUAAGAAAUGUCACACAACGGUAGUGGCGCUCUAUGUACCAAAUAAAAUCGAGGCCUAAUUCGGCCAAUAUUGCGAAGCACUGUUUUAUGUUUUAAUUGUCGUCUUUCCGUUUCUGUUGACAUUACUUAUCGGAAUCGAAACUGAGGAAAAAGGAAAAACGAAAAGUCUUAAUGUUACUGUAACCUUAAUGACGAUUAGCAAGCGUAUUUGUGCAAAUAUAAAGGUGUCCGAGUUAAACAAA